AUGGAUGGACAACAUAUCCCUCUAGGGAUAUCCCAGCAGAAAUUCAGCAAAAAUAUCCAGGCAGUGACUUCUCGAACCCUGGAUUUACCGCCAAGCUGUAUAGAGUUUGUCCCACGGGAAAAAGCUCCCGUGGAAUUGGACCCUUCUAGUCAUUACUUUGUCAUUGGGACAUACAAUUUGGAGAAGAAUGACCAAACUGCUGCCCGAACAGCCGCUGAAUCUGAGGGUAAUGACAUGAUAGCGGUCCCUCCAGCGCCGCAGGAGAGAAAUGGCACUUUAAAUCUAUUUAGUAUUCGAGCAGACAAGUCAUUGAUCCUUGUCGAAAGAUUGUCAUAUCCUUCAGCCAUUCUUGACCUUCACUUCAUCCCUGGGGAGCCUAUUUUUGCUGUUGCCUCUAGUACCGGCGCCAUUUCCAUCUACACUUUUUCCCUGGUGCCCCAGACUGUUGAAAUCAAACCAGGGAAUAUUGGUCUAAAGGCCUGGGAAUGGGGCAUCAGACAUAUAAAAAUGCAUCAAGUGUUUGCUACAAACGUCCUUGUGCUCUCUUUCAUCUGGCUGUCGUACUCGACAACAGCCGAUGCUCCGCCACUUUUGGCAGCAACAACUUCCGCAGGAGAGAUCUAUAUGAUCUCAUUUAGCGACUGGGACUUUACAGGUUUCCAGAUUCUAAACGACGAGCUACCAAUAAAUACCCACGAUGCCGAAGCAUGGUGUUGUGCCUUCUGCCCAUCCACGCAUUGCCUCUACUCCGGCGGCGACGAUAGCUGGCUCCGCGUAAUCGAUCUCAACCUCGCUGCUUUACAAGAGCCGGAGAGCACCGACGACUUAAUUGGCCAGGCUAAUACCAUCCGAGGCCACGACGCAGGCGUCACUGCUAUCCUCCCAUUACCAUAUCGGCAACAAAGAAUGUUUCUCACCGGCAGCUAUGAUGACCACAUCCGCCUUUACUCUUGGCAAAACUCCUCAGGUUGCCCCCUACCUAAACCAAGAGAGAUGACGAAGCUCAACCUCGGGGGCGGAGUAUGGAAAUUGAAGUUUUUAGAAGAUCGCCCUAUGAGAGAUGGACCAGGAGGGCACGUCAAAUUUAGAGUGUUAGCAUCAUGCAUGCAUAUCGGCGCGAAGAUCGUAGAGGUUAGUUUGGUAGGGGGUGGGGAGUGGAGGAUGGAUGUUGCCGCAGAGGUGAACGUCCAUGAGAGUAUGUGUUAUGGAUGUGAUGUAUUGCCACUCCGAUCUGGUGUGAAGGCUGGGGAUGAGGUGGUGGAGCCAGAGGCCAAGAGCCAAGGGAAAGAGGGAGCGAUGACUGUCGAGGUUGAUGGGGAAGAAAAGAGGAAUUCUUUAAAACCCCCCUCCUCGCCGGGACCAGGCUCCUGGGGUGGAAAAUUAUCGCCCAAGUUCUAA